GAAAAGGAUGGCAGCCGACACAUGCAUUGCUUCGCAUUGCAGCCAAGAUCAAAGAAGGAACAGAUACAAACAAACUACAAACAGAACAAAAUAGAAAGAUGCCACCCAGAUAAGAAUUUGGAAUGAGGGGCAGCUUUAAUUUGCAGACACUGAUGUUCAAACCCUCUAUUUCAUUCAAUCUAUUCGAUUUUGCCUCAAUCUGAGGGAGCAAACUGCAAGAACAAGAAGAACAACAAAACCCUUCUUCUUAAAACCCUCGAAAAAUCAACCCAUUUUCUGUCAAUGUAUGUUUGCCACCAAUGAUUGAUGAACAGAGCCAUUCAACGGCAGGAUAACGGCGGCGAUGACGGCGGCGUUGGUGGUGGUGAUCCAGUUCAUCUCAACCAGAUGUUUCAUGGUGGACCCAUUUCGUCUUCCAUUUUUUUCGCUAUUAUAGCUCUGCUGCCCUUUUCCCCUUUUAUUUUCAUUUGUUUGCCUAAAUUACGCCUUUCUGGGUUGUUCGAUUUAAACCCCAAUUCGUAUUUUCAAUGCAUGUGGAUUCGUGUUCUUCGACUGCUUCGAGGAUCUCGCUUUUCUCUCUCGUUUUUGUUUCUUUCCCGUUCGUUUAGCCGCCGAAUUUCCUCAGGUUUCCCUUCUGGUUUGGUUGUGUUUUUUGCUUGAUGUCUUUGUCGGACUGUUUGUUUGUCUUCUUCAACUAAUUUCCUCUUGCUUGCUCAUCAGAAUCUGCCAAUUAAACAAAUAUUUCAUCUGGGUUCUGUUAGAUUUGCCUUCUACGAGCUUAUUCUGGAUUUGGGUCACUGAUAGGGACAUUGUUUUUUAUUCUAAGCCACUUUGAUCUUGUAAAGCUGAUUGUUCCCCUUUUAAAUUCAUCUGGGUUCGUCUUAUUAUAUUCAUUUGGAUUUGGUUUCUGGAGUUUAAACGUUACUUAUUCCGACCAUUAUGCCUCUAUCUGAGCUUUGUCGUGUGGCUAGAGAGAAGCUUGAUUCAGCUCAAGACAGGAACGACAUGGUUGCUUCAGAUUUAUCUCUGAGUCCCGAGAACGACGUUUUCGAGCUGGUUUGGGAGAAUGGCCAAAUUUUGCAGCAAGGUCAGUCCAGUAGGACUAGGAAGAACUCAAAUAUGAACACUUCACAGCCUCUGUGUUUACCAGGACAUUUCAAUAAUGCAAAGAUGGGAAAGUUUGGGGCUAUUGAUUCGGUAGUAAGAGAUGUUAUAGCGACGGGGUCAUCGCCUGAGGUCGAAUUGGCUCGUGAUGAUGAUGAUGAUGAUAACGAUAUCGUGCCUUGGCUGAGUUAUCCUCUUGAUGGACAUCUGCAACACGAUUAUUCUUCGGAUUUCUUACCUGAAUUAUCAGGGGUCACCAUUAACGACCACCCUGCACGCCAUAGCGUUGCGUCUUCUAUAGGCAAAACUAGUGGUGUUCAUCAGGUAAACAGAUAUACGCGCCUAAAUUCUUUGCACGGUACUAAUCUUGAAGAUGGCAAUAUUUCGAAGCUUUCUACAUUAGAUGUUUCAACUACUGGACCUAGAAGUAGCACGAACGAAUUACGUUCGUUAGCAUCCCAGCAAAGCCAGGCAUUAUUUCCACAUCUUAGAGUAAAAUGUACAGGCAGCACUGAAAACGUGCCGGGCAAGAUUCUCCAUGAUUCUCUUAUAGGCCAAACUCCUCAUGUUCCAUUGAUUGCAAGCAGUUCUUCAAGCACAGCUAGGCAAAAGCUAGAUCCAACUCCUUCAAGUAAUUCACCCAAUGUUAUAAAUUUUUCCCAUUUUCUGAGACCGGCUGCUCUUCUCAAAUCCAAUCCUCAGAACCAUGGUGUCGUUGGAACCGUGGGUUCAGCAGCUAAUAGUCAACGCGAUCAAUCGUCAUGUAUAAGAAAUGAAUCAAAGGCGUGCUGUAAAAAUGCGAUAGUGCCUUCCAUAGAUGAUAACAAACCAUCAGAUGCCAAGGCUCCUGAGCAAUUGCAGGCUGUCAAACAUCCCAAGCUUGCUUGUUUGGGAGAUUCAGCUAACAAUGAAGACCGAACCGAUCGUUGUCUUGAAGUAGGUGCACCAAAAGUAUUGCCAGAUAGCGAGAAGGCUGUUGAAUCUAUAUUUGCUGCUUCUGUUUGUUCACGCAAUAGCGUGGAAGGAGCUUCCGAUGAUCCAAAGCUUAAUAGGAAGAGAAAAUGCCACGAGACUGAGGAUUCUGAAUGGCAUAGUGAUGAUGUAGAAGAAGAAUGCAAUGAUGUGAAGCGAGUGACUCCCACUCGAGGAACUGGUUCGAAAAGAAGCAGGGCAGCAGAAGUGCAUAAUUUAUCUGAAAGACGACGUAGAGACAGGAUCAAUGAGAAGAUGCGUGCACUGCAAGAACUCAUACCAAAUUGUAAUAAGGUCGACAAAGCUUCCAUGCUCGAUGAAGCCAUUGAGUACUUGAAAACGCUUCAACUUCAGGUUCAGAUUAUGUCGAUGGGAGCUGGUUUGUUCAUGCCUCCCAUGAUGUCCCCUGGAGGAAUGCCAUUCAUGAAUGCACCUCAUAUGUAUUCACCCAUGGGUGUAGGAAUGGGAAUGGGAUUCGGGAUCGGUAUGCCUGACGUGAAUGUUGGCCCUCCUGGUUAUCCCAUGGUUCAAGUGCCACACGUGCAAGGAACGCAUUUUCCUGGCCCGUCCAUUCCAGCUCAAACUGUAAUGCAUGGAAUGCCAGGUUCUAACUUUCAGGUGCUUGGACUUCCUGGUCAAGGACUUCCCAUCCCCAUGCCACGUGGACCGAUUGCACCAUUUACCGGAGGGCCUUUUAUGACCAAUCCCGGUGUGGCAGUAGCUCCUGUCGAGAAUUUUGGUUCAGCUGCAGCUUGUAGCUUGAAAGAUGCGUCUCCGAAGAGUGAUUCACCUAUGGUGCCAAAUGGUGGCACUGAUCCUUUAACAACUCCAACUCCUAGACAGGCUAAUGAACAAGCUUCCUGUGCUAAUGGCAGCCGUGUGAACCCCACCACCAAAAAUGACCUAAUUAAGUUGCCUAUUAUUACUGAAGAAACCACAUUCAUUAGGCUUCAUUAGGCAGAUUAUCUCGGCCUCGACAUUUGGCUGCUACCUGUUCAUAAUUACUUGAUAUCGGCAAAUAUAAACGAUCAAGUACGACAGCCCGACCACUUUGGACUUGGACAACUGGGCAGGCAUAAUGCAGCUGCGUCGAUGCAUCGAGGCUGAAUAUGAUGAAAAAAUGUAAGUAGAUUCGACUUAAUAAUGGAAAGGAAAAUAAAGGUCUCUCCCAUUCUCUAUCUUUAUACGAGUCUAUGCUGAACCGUUCAUGGAUUUGUUACGUACUGAGAUAGGUAGCUUGGCUUUUACAUCCUGAAAUUAUGUGCAUCUGAGACCUGCAUGUGGUGAUUGGCUUAUGUAGCUUAAUUUUGAUCUGUAGAACAUUAACAAAAUUUUGCAUGUAUGCUAGUUUCGUAA